CACAAUUGUAUUGAUUCACAAUGUACAGACAUCCUCCAACAGACUAUGUGUCAAGAAUGGAUUGAAACUUCUCAGACCAAACCUGUCAUUCACCAUAAGUCCACUCCGAGCUAUUUUGUCAAUGCCUACUCCAUUCAUAAUUAUGAUCAUAUUCAUCUUGUCAUUCCCAAAACACUUCAUGAAACACCACUGCGAGUUACAAAUGUGGCAGAAGUU